AGUUUCAUUUUUUUAAUGAUUUCAUCACAAAUUUGAGCUAUGGAUAACGUGGAAAUAGUAGGCUUGGAAAAUCAGUAUCUGUUAGAGGAUUUUAUGCUUAUGUCUACCCCACAGUACUUUCCAUGGAUGACUGGGGUCAUUAGUUUUAGUGACAUUCUCGUUUUGGUUGUGGGGUUUUUGUUUGCUUGUUUUGUAGUGCUUUCUUUGAGGCAUUUAUUGCUAUAUUUAUUCUUUGUCACUUGUCAGAGAGGCAGUGAUCGUGUCAUUCUGCUGAAAGUGGGAGAAACAGCGUUUUCCUUUUCAGAAAAACCGAAUCGUGUUUUGACCCUACAGGACGCUACAAGUCCGACCUGCCCAGCUGUGGCGCGUUGCACGAUGGGAUUUGUAGUCCUUGCUGAAGAUGUAGAGACGGGAGUCCACCUCGAUCCUGCAAUCAAGGAAGUUCAGUACAAUCCCACUUACGACACCAUGUUUGCACCAGAGUUUGGUCCAGAAAACCCGUUUAGGACUCAGCAGAUGGCUGCACCUAGGAAUAUGCUUUCUGGAUAUGCAGAACCAACACACAUCAAUGAUUUCAUGUUUGAACAACAGAGAAGAACAUUUGCAACUUAUGGUUAUGCAUUAGAUCCCUCUCUAGAUACUCAGGACGUUGCUACUAAAUAUAUUGGUUCUGUAGAAGAAGCUGAAAAAAAUCAAGGUUUAACAGUAUUUGAAACAGGACAAAAGAAAAUAGAAAAAAGGAAGAAAUUCAAGGAGAAUGAUGCAUCUAAUAUUGAUGGCUUCUUGGGACCAUGGGCAAAAUAUGUGGAUGAGAAAGAAGUAGCAAAGCCCUCAGAAGAAGAGCAGAAAGAGUUGGAUGAAAUAACAGCAAAGAGGCAGAAGAAAGGCAAACACGAAGAUGAUAAACCUGGAGAGGAGAAGACUAUCUUACAUGUGAAAGAAAUGUAUGACUACCAGGGAAGAUCCUAUCUUCAUGUUCCUCAAGAUGUUGGCGUUAAUCUCCGUUCUACAGUGCCCCCUGAGAAAUGCUAUCUCCCAAAGAAACAGCUCCAUGUAUGGUCUGGACAUACAAAGGGUGUCAGUGCAGUCAGGUUGUUUCCACUCUCUGGCCACAUAUUGCUAUCUUGCUCCAUGGACUGUAAAAUUAAACUAUGGGAGGUAUACGGUGAACGAAGAUGCUUACGAACAUUUAUUGGGCACAGUAAAGCAGUUCGAGACAUCUGCUUUAACAAUGCUGGAACUCAGUUUCUUAGUGCAGCAUAUGACCGGUAUCUUAAACUCUGGGACACUGAAACAGGGCAAUGUGUUUCCAGGUUCACAAACAGGAAGGUUCCAUACUGUGUCAAAUUCAAUCCUGAUGAAGAUAAACAAAGUCUUUUUGUGGCAGGAAUGUCAGAUAAAAAAAUUGUACAGUGGGACAUUCGAAGUGGGGAGAUUGUGCAGGAGUACGAUAGGCAUUUGGGAGCUGUCAACACCAUUGUGUUUGUGGAUGAGAAUAGACGGUUUGUGAGUACAUCUGAUGACAAGAGUUUAAGAGUCUGGGAAUGGGACAUUCCUGUCGAUUUCAAGUACAUCGCAGAGCCAAGUAUGCACUCGAUGCCUGCAGUCACCUUGUCUCCAAAUGGAAAAUGGCUGGCUUGUCAAUCAAUGGAUAAUCAGAUUUUGAUUUUUGGAGCUCAGAACAGAUUCAGAUUAAACAAAAAGAAAAUCUUCAAGGGUCACAUGGUGGCAGGUUAUGCUUGUCAAGUUGAUUUUUCACCUGACAUGAGCUAUGUGAUAUCAGGUGAUGCAGAUGGAAAACUUAACAUCUGGGACUGGAAGACCACAAAACUCUACAGUAGGUUAAAAGCACAUGACAAAGUUUGUAUAGGCGCAGUCUGGCAUCCACAUGAAACAUCUAAGGUCAUCACCUGUGGCUGGGAUGGUCUUAUUAAAUUGUGGGACUGAAGUGGGUACUGCAAGGAACUAAAUUUUGGUAAGACUUUUUGUGAACAUCUGAGAUUGCUAAACAUGAACUCUGCUGAGGAUGGUUUGAUUUGAACUUCCAGCUGUUUUCGGGUUCUUCGCUAUUAAAGUACACUGUGCACUCUU